AUGUUCAACCCCAUCAACAGGCUCUACAGCGCCCAGACUCCGGACCGAACCGAUGGGCUGCUGCGCACCGCAUCUCCAGCCUCGAUCGUCAAUGGGCAGAAGCAUUCCACGAUGGCUUGCCCAGCCUCGGACCCCACCUUGAUUGCCCUUGCGCAACUCGGGACUUACCGCAUGGGCUGCAAAUACGCCUUUGUUUCGCUGAUUGAUAAUUGUGAGACGCAUGUUAUCGCAGAAGCAACGCCAUCAGGCCCAGGUUUCGGCAACAAAUCCGUUGUCAACGGCAAUUCUGUGGGCAUGAGCACAUUGGGUCUGGCACGAAAUGGAACUGGAGGGGCCUGCUCUCCCAAUGUCACAAGAAACAGCAGCGGAACGAUCGUUCGCGAUCUGAAUCUCGAGUUAGACUUGAAGCAUCACCCCCUUGUCGAGCGAUUCCGGCCUAGAUUCUACGCGGAGGUCCCAUUGCAUUCAUAUUCCGGAGAAACGAUCGGGACAUAUUGCGUGGUCAAUGAUGAACCGUGCCACUUUUUCGGUGAUAGGGAACUAGCGGAACUCCAAGAUGUUGCUAACGCAGUCGCAAAUCACCUCCAGAAUAACAAUGCGCUACGCCAUUACCGCCAGAAUGAUCGUUUGUUAGGCGGACUCAUGAAGUUCGUCAAAGGGCAGCCGUGUAAUGAGACCGAUGGACGGAAAAGCCGAAGAAAGAGCACUGCGGCUAGUCUGAUUUCCCCUCGUUCUUCGGAAGUGCCAGAGAUUGACCGUCUGUCCGUGUCGGCGGCCAGUAUCCAUGAGAUUUCACCAUCGUCAAACCGAUACCCUCAACCAACACCAGCGAAUGAGUCGCCUUUCUUCGCAAAUCAAGCAUUCGGGACCGUUCAUUCAGCGCCAAAUGGGACGCAUCAACGCCACGUGAGGAAGAGCUCCGACGAAACAAGUAAUCUCGUCAUGGUACCAGAAGGUACUGCCAUUUCUGAGAAAACGUCGCUGCUCUUCUCUCGUGCCAGUGGGAUACUGCAGGAAUGCAUGGAUCUGGAUGGGGUUAUUUUCGUUGACGCGUCUCGCAGCAACUCUCGCAGUAAUUCGACUGUUAGCGUGGCCGAUUUGGACGCAUUCGAUAGAGAUAGUGACUCUGGCUUCUCUCUCCGCUCGCCCAGCGUAUCGUCGUACGGAGGCUGGUCUGAGAAGCUCUGUGAGCCUCUAGGUGUCGCCUCAUCACAACACCCCCUAGGAAACAGUACAAGCAUGUUCCGGCUUCCCUUGACGGAAGGGCUGCUGCAUGAUAUGUUCACUGCUUUCCCGCAAGGCGAAGUCCUUCACCCUCACCAAAGUGUGGGAUCACCGCCUUCGAGCUUUUUGCACCAGCGCCGGCAUAGUAUACAUAGCAUCCAGGGUGAACACUCUUUGCGGCACUCUAUCAAUGCUAAACUGGCCCAUAAUUUCCCGGAAGCCAAGUCUGUCGUGUUCCUUCCAUUGUGGAACUGGAACAAAUCUCGAUGGCUUGCGGGGACACUGGUCUGGACCAGCGACAACCAGCGACGACUGGGGCAAGACGAUCUUCACUUCCUAAAGACCUUCGGGGACUCGAUCGUCUCCGGGUUCUGCCAGAUAGACUGGACCGCUACAGAGAAGGCGAAAUCGGACUUGCUUUCGUCGGUUAGUCAUGAGCUUCGCUCCCCUUUGCAUGGCAUGCUUGCCAGCACGGAGCUGUUGCAGACCACAUCUCUGGACUCCACUCAGCAAGAUAUGGUCACCAUGGUGGAAACAUGUGGUCUCACGUUGUUGGACACGAUGAAUCACUUGCUUGAAUUUACCAAGAUCAACAACCUGACCCAUUUGCACAAGAAAAGUGGGCCGAAUGUGGACGGGAUGGAUAACUUGCUGACCGAAUUUGACUUGGAUGAGGUAGUAGAAGAAGUGACCGACGCCUUGUAUGCAGGGCACCGAUCCCUCAUCAACGCUGCGAAGAUUGCUGGCCGUUACCUACCAGGUGGAUCCGGGGUUGGCAAUAGGCCUGCGGGUGCCCCAGCACCACCAAAUCCUGACGAUCUGUCAGUGAUUGUUCGGAUCGAAGACUUGGGUUCGUGGCAUCUACAGUCGCUCUCUGGCGCAUGGCGGCGGAUUGUCAUGAACAUUCUGGGAAACGCAUUCAAAUUCACCAGGUGCGGGUUCAUUGAGGUGUCCCUUGCCAAGAAAGUCGAGCGGUCUGGCUACACAAAGAAGACUCUGGCGCACCUCUCAAUCACGGAUACCGGGAGUGGAAUUUCCACUGACUUUCUAGAACAUCAGCUUUUCAAGCCUUUCGCACAAGAGAGCAUCUUGACAGAGGGUGUUGGCCUGGGCCUGAGUGUGGUCAAACAAUUGGUGAACUACCUCGGUGGUGAGAUCGAGCUGAAAAGUGAUGUAGGGGUAGGAACGCAAGUCAAUGUGUACAUUCCGGUGGAAUUCGUGGAAGAAAACUCAUUCAUGGAUUGCGGUGUCCCGGGAGCGCGCAUCAUGACCCGAGUGUCCCUGGUGGGACUCAACGCAUAUGCAGACCUAAAGGAAGCGCCGAGUGGUCUGCUGAGCACGGAAGCAAAGCGCAAGCUCGCACUGCGGGGUGCCUUGAGCAACGUGCUACUGAGUCAGCCUGGGUGGAUGGUGUCCUUUGCUGAUAAACUUGAUAUGGCUCCGGGAGAUAUUGCCGUCAUUGAGGAAUCCACGUUAAAGAAGCUUUCGGCCAAAGGGCCCAUUGAUGUGAAGUUUAGGGCAAUUGUGGUGAUCGGCGAACAAGCCGUCACACUGCCUGGAGAAUUUGCCAUCCGGGGGGCUGAUGUUUUUUACGUUCCUCAACCCAUCGCACCUCGCAAGGUCCUACAAGCAUUGCAGCGGAUUACCGAGUCGCACCAAGGGCUGGGCCCAGGGGAAGACGAUCCGAUCUUGGGUCCACUGCCCGGCGUGCCCUUACGAGGACGGAGCUUGUCUGAUGCCUUUGCCCUUGCCAAAGGUUCGGAGUCACCUCCUGUCGUUAGGGAGAAUGUGUCGGAGUUUUCGCCGUCUAUGCCUCGAGAGCCCACAGGCGACAACCUGCAUGUUCUAAUUGUGGAUGACAACGACAUCAACCUCAAGAUCCUUGCUACCUUUCUGCGGAAAAUCGGCUGCACAUAUGAGACCGCAUCCAACGGGUUGGCGGCAUUUGAAAAAUACAAAAACUCUACAAGACCUUUUGACUAUAUCCUCAUGGACAUAUCAAUGCCAAUCAUGGACGGGAUUGCGUCCUCGGGCAAGAUCCGCGAGUACGAAGAACAGCAUUCCCUCCCCCGGGCUGCCAUUAUGGCGGUCACCGGGGUGGCCUCGAGCGAGAUGCAACAGCAGGCCUUUGCAGCUGGCAUUGACGAUUACCUGGUGAAGCCACUUUCACUUCACGACUUGAAACGAAUAAUGAAUAUUGCAUGACUGGGCAUGUAGACGUUGCUGGUCGGUGUAAUAGGCGUUGAUAAUUAUAAGAUAGAUUAUAUAGGUAACUAAGCUAUCACUACAUCAUUGACCUGAAUUCCACUAUCUAUUAGACAAUAGCUAGAUGGUUCACGGUCAUGU